AUGUCAUCUACUCCGGUGGUCCAACUCCCUGAUGGGCAAGAAACAGUGUCAGUGCGGAUGAUCAAUCCUGUCAACUUUGGUCCAGCAAUACUCAAGCGCUUCAUGGCCCCGGAUGUACCGGGGUUGGAGACUUUUAAAACCUCACCUUCAUUGUGUUUCCUGAUUGAACACCCGUCAGGCAGAAAGCUAGUGUGGGACCUGGGGAUUAGGAAGGACUACAACAAUUAUGCACCUUCUAUUGCAAGCUACUUGCCCACGACCAAUUACAAAAUCGAGGUGACUGAGAACGUUGUGGACAUUUUAAAGACUAAUGGAGUGGUAAUUGAGGAGAUUGAAGCAGUCAUUUGGAGUCAUUGGCACUGGGAUCACAUAGGCGAUCCCUCCACAUUUCCGAGCACAACUGACCUCAUUGUCGGUCCUGGGUUUAAAGACGCAAUGCUUCCAGGGGCGCCAGCCAAUCCGGAAUCUCCAAUUCUUGAGAAGGACUACGCAAACCGAAAUUUGAGAGAGAUAUCAUUCGACGGCCCUCAGAACCUCCGCAUUGGAAGAUUCCGAGCUUUUGACUAUUUUGAAGACGGCUCGUUUUAUCUUCUGGAUAGUCCUGGUCAUGCUGUCGGGCACUUAUGCGGCCUCGCCCGAACGACUAAGAGCCCUGACACUUUUGUUCUCCUCGGCGGUGAUGUAUGUCACUACGCAGGAAUAUUCAGGCCAUCAAAAUAUCUUCCGGUUCCUAAAUCAAUCUCACCUCACCCUUGCCGACCACAUCCAGGAACUGAACUGUGCCCAGGUAGCGCAUGGGAAGAGCUUCAGACUUCAAGAGGAAGGUCUCCCACUGAUUCACUCUUCGAUGCCACUUUUGGUUUGGACCUUCCACUAGCUGCAAAGACUAUAGGGCACCUCCAAGAGCUUGACUGUGAUGAGAACGUAUUUGUUAUCAUAGCACAUGAUUCAACAGUAAGGGACGCUGUACCGCAGUUUCCCAACAGUCUUAAUGCCUGGAAAUCAGAAGGUUGGGGGAAAAGCGUCAAAUGGGCUUUCUUCCGGGAUCUUGAAGCUUACUGGGACUCCAAGGGCUUGUAA